UCGAUAGUAGGUUUGUGUGUCGACGGAGGAGCAUCUUACCUUUUGCACUUGAAAAAAUUCAGUUGAUAAUCGCAAAAUGUCUGACAGUAGGCAAAAGUUUUCCGCCGCGAGCAAAAUCGACGUUCCAAGUGAAUACGAGUACGAAAUGGACGAUAUUCUGAGCAAGUGGUCAAGAGAAAUUGACGGUGUCUUCAUUCCGAAGAAAUUCACGUCGAUUCAAGAGAAGAUCACCCAAUGGGAUGUGAACGAUGACGAUAUCUGGAUAUGUAGUUUCCCGAAAACAGGUACCACUUGGACACAAGAAAUGGUGUGGCUGAUCGUAAAUGAUUUAGAUUUCAAAGGAGCUGAAAAAAACCUACUCAAACGGUCACCUCAAUUAGAGGCAACCGCAUUGGUUAGAUAUCCGCAUGUCAAGUUCUUCAAACCAUUUAUUCCCGCGCCAAUCACGGACUCUCUAAAAUAUGUCAGGAAACAAAGAAGUCCAGCCUGUAUAAAAACCCAUUUACCAUGGAAUUUGUUACCAAGAGAAAUUCAAAAAGACAUUAAACGGCCGAAGAUUAUUUACAUUUCAAGAAACCCCAAAGACACAUGUAUAUCUUAUUUCCACUUUUCAAGGAUGGUGAAGGAUUUCGAUGGAAAUCUAGAAGAGUUUGCGAACCUGUUUUUAGCUGGAAAAGUUAAUUUUGCACCUUUUUGGAAUCACGUUCUUCCUUAUUGGCGAAGGAGAAACCAAGAAAAUAUCCUCUUCCUGAAAUAUGAAGAAAUGAAGACUGACUUGCCCGCCGUUAUUCGGAAAACCGCCACUUUCUUGGGUAAAGAACUGACCGAAAGGCAAAUCCAAGUGUUGGCGGAACAUCUCAGUUUCGAAAAUAUGAAGAACAAUCCCGCAGUGAACUACGAUUGGCUAGUGACAUUAUCAAAUAUGUACAAGAGGGACAAGAAGCACGCUUUUAUGAGAGAGGGCAAGGUUGGGAACUAUAAGAGCCAUAUGUCUUCGGAAAUGAUUGAACAAUUCGACCGCUGGACCGAAGAUAAUACAAAAGACACGGGGUUGACAUAUUAACUUUUUUUUAGCGACUUAGGAAAUUUUACAAAAC